AACUAGUUUACCAAAGAAAACAGUAAGUGAAAGAAAAUGUGAUUGGUCGACUCUACAGCAUUAAGCUGUCCAUCCAUACCACAGCAAACAAACACCUUCCUUCUCCUUCCCACGAAUCAUAAAAUUCCACUCUAACAUCCUUGAUUUCGUUUUCAUUUUUGUGUAAUCACAGGACCAGAUUCAAUACAAUGCCUUAUAUUCUCUCUUCUUCUUCUUCUUCUUCUACUUCCUCCCCUUUGCUUCUGUCAAACCCAGGUUCUGAUUGCAUUUUCUUGAAACAUAAAACCAAGAUUCUUGAUAAAAGAACAGCUGCACUUGCACCCCUUACAGUUUCUUCUUCUACUUCAUUGAGUGAUAGUGAUAAUUCUUGCUCUAAAUCAACCAAGCUGGUAACUUUUUUAGGCAAAGGUGGCUCCGGCAAGACCACCUCCGCCAUUUUUGCUGCUCAGCAUUAUGCAAUGGCUGGACUCAACACAUGCCUAGUAAUACAGACUCAAGAUACCUCUGCUGACUAUCUUCUCAACUGUAAGAUUGGAACUUCUCCUGUUGUGUGCAAUGACAACCUUUCAGCUGUUAGGUUGGAAACCACGAAAAUGCUUCUUGAGCCUCUUAAUAGGCUAAAGCAAGCAGAUGCUCAUCUUAAGAUGACCCAAGGUGUUCUCGAAGGGGUGGUUGGACAAGAGCUUGGUAUACUUCCUGCAAUGGAUUCUAUUUUUGCAGCAUUGGUACUUGAGAGGCUUGUCAGAUUCUUAACAAAUAGAACCGAGGGGAAAAACAAAGAGGAUAAAUUUGACAUAAUAAUAUAUGAUGGAAUCAGCACUGACGAAGCUCUACGAAUGAUAGGUGCAGCCAGUAAAGCAAGAUUGUACUUAAAAUACCUGAGGAACUUAGCUGAGAAGACUGAUCUUGGGCGAUUGGCUGGCCCUUCACUUCUAAGACUUAUUGAUGAAGCAAUGGAUUUAAAUGGCAAGAGAUCCCUCUUGAAUGAGAAAAUGAGUGCAGAAAUAUGGGACACUUUGGAGAAGAUGUUGGAGCGAGGAUCCUCCGUUUUUUGUGAUCCAUAUAAGUUUGGCUGCUUUCUCGUAAUGGACCCAAAUAAUCCAGCUUCAGUUAAUUCUGCAUUACGUUACUGGGGCUGUACAAUCCAAGCUGGUGCACAAGUUUCUGGUGCGAUUGGAAUCAAUUUUCCACAUUUAAAUGCCAAAACAAAGGAAGAAAUUGAGAACAACUUUUCUCCUCUGCCCUUUGCUUUCAUUCCACAUUUCUCAACGGGUUAUCCACUAGAUUGGAAUUCAAUAAUGCUAAACACUGCUGGUCAUGAUGCAAGGGACCUUUUCUCGUCGCCAGCAAGUCAAAGUGACAGCAUCAUGUUACCAGUAAAGUUUGAUGCAUCUAAAAAAUCAAUAACCCUUUUUAUGCCAGGGUUCGACAAGACAGAGAUUAAGCUAUAUCAAUAUAGGGGAGGAUCUGAAUUGUUGGUGGAAGCAGGAGACCAGAGGCGCGUAAUCUGUUUGCCACCAAAAAUUCAAGGUAAGGUGGGAAGUGCAAAGUUCAUGGAUAGAAGCCUUGUAAUCACAAUGCAAUAGUGUAGCUGCAAUAUGAUAUACUGCAUAGUUCAUCUGAGAGGUGAAAAAUAAAGGAAUGCUGAUUAUUGAUUAUAGACAUGUAGCUCAUUAGCCCUUGGAAUGAAUUCGCCCUCUGCUCUUCAUGUCUUACACAUCAUCCUGGUUUUGUUUAGUAGGAGCAUUUGAAUAUAAUAGGUAGAUUCACCAAAUCAGAUGAACUUAACUUUGGAGCGUUAGUUGUGGAAUUGUUUUCUAAAAAUUGGCAUUAUGUGAAGGUUUUUACUUCCUCAAUACAGAAUGAAAGAGAUCAUCUUCAGUAGUA